AUGGUUCAGCUGCCUUCCUUGCCUCGUCUUGACCCGCGCAAGUGGUUCACUAAACAGUAUUGGUAUCUAGAGACUCCGCCCGCAUCCUAUGCCACUCACGAUGGAUGGAGUAACGCCGAUGUCGAUGUCGUUCCCUACGACCAGCGGAAUUGGCGAGCAAUCAAUUACUUAUUCCUCUGGCUGGCAGACGGCGCCAAUGUCGGUACCAUGCAGCAGGCCGGUUCCAUCGUCGCCUUCGGUCUGUCAUGGAAGGAGGCAUCCGUUGCCAUUGCACUCGGAAACAUUAUUAUCGCAGCUGUAGUCACGCUCAAUGGAGCCAUUGGCUCGAGGCAUCACAUUCCUUUCUCUAUCGCUUCGAGAGCGUCUAUGGGAUUCUAUUUCUCCUACUUUGCUGUCGUUUCACGAAUGGUACUUGGUCUGAUCUAUUUUGGUAUCAACACCUACAUUGGCGCCUCGUGCAUGCUCAUCAUGCUCGACGCAAUCUGGCCUUCUUUCAGAUCCUACCCCAACUCUAUUCCCGAAUCCGCCGGCGUCACUUCGAACAAAUUGAUCGCCUAUGCUGUCUUUUGGAUUCUGCAAUUCCCUCUCGUGCUCAUUCAUCCCAGAAAGAUGCGAUGGCUCUUCUUCAUCAAGUCCAUGGCUGCCAUCAUCGCUGCCUUUGCCAUGCUUGGAUGGGCGGUCAAGAACGCCGGUGGCGGUGGUCCAAUCUUUCGGCAGAAGCCAAAGGUCGAGGGCUCUGCUAGAAGUUGGGCUUGGGUCGCAGGGCUCAACAUCGCGAUCAGUGGCAAAACCACACUGGCUAUCAAUAUGCCCGAUCUGACACGUUAUGCCCGUACUCCCGGUGUCACAUACUGGCAAAUGCUCUUCGUUCCCAUCGUCUACUGGGUAUUCUCCUUCAUCGGUAUCGUCAUCGCUUCUGCAGGUCAAGAGAUCUACGGAACACUCUAUUGGGACCCUACAUCCAUCAUCGCGCUCUGGACUAACCGAGCUGGCGCGUUCUUUACUGCCUUUGCCUUUGGUCUCGCCACGCUGGGAACCAAUAUCUCCACCAAUUCGAUCGCUUCAAGUAAUGACUUUGCAUUUAUCGCUCCCAAGUGGCUCAAUAUAAGACGUGGCGCAUUCAUCACUGCCAUGCUGGGAGGUUGGGCCACCUGUCCUUGGGAGAUUCAAGCCAGUGCCCAGUCUUUGUCUACAUUCUUGAGCGGAUACAUCAUCGUCCUCGGUCCGAUUGUGUCCAUCAUGAUUGUUGACUACUGGGUCAUCCAUCGUACUCACCUCCACGUCCCCAUGCUGUACCAAAACGAGGGCAUGUACAGGUAUCGUGGUGGUCUCAACUGGCGAGCAUUGGCCACGUUGAUCAUUGUCGUUCCCAUCAACUUGCCCGGUCUCAUGCACGCCAUUAACAGCAACGUGUACAUUGGCAACUUGGCUUAUUUUUACAAAGCCUCUUGGCUCACCUCGUUCUUCAUGGCCGCGGGUGUCUUCUACGCCUUGUCGACCCUCUUUCCUCCUCAAUCCACAUUGCUCGACAAGACUGUCGAAUCGCUCGAAGGCGAGGAAGCUUAUCCCGUUUCUGCAUUCGACCAAUCUCAAACGGCUUCAUGGGCUGAGAAGGAGCCUGAGAAUAAGCGAGACAGUUCAGGAAGUUCUCCUCCUCACGAUGGUCCUUCCCACGUACUCAGAGCGUAGAGUAUAUAUUGAGCUUUUGGAAAAGCUGGGGCGCAAGUCAAUACACGUUAUGAGCUGGGCUUGGAUUUUGGUUUGGAGAAUGUGGCAUUGGCGAUGACCCAUAAUGCUAUGUACGUAGUCGACGUCGUUUUGGACGCUUUGAUGUACAGCCAAGUUGGCAAGAGCCCAAAAAAAAACAGGCAAACGUCUUUUGAUUCUGCCACACCCUAUCAUCUCUCGCUUUUUACUAUCUGUUCCCCUGCUGUAUAUAGAUUAUCAUGCACGGGAUGACAAUGAUGAUGUUGCAAGGGGGGUUAGGGGGAAGGCGACUUUUGGUACAUUCAUCGCUUGCCCCUUUUGAAAUAGCUGUCCGCGUGAAU